AUGGCUGGGUCUCGUAGGAGUCCGGUGCUGAGAGACCCGAGGAGCGGCGAUCCAGACCGUGACCCCCGGGACAGGGACCGUCGCAGAGGUCGAGGAUCGAAUCGAGACCGGGGCAGAAGUCGCUAUCGUGAUCGAGGAGGCCGUCAGUCGCGGGCAAAUGACCGCCAUUUCGACUAUCCCAACAGGUCGCCACCACCACGCGCGUCCCGCUUCGGCCCUGACCCAUCUCACCCAUCGAAUGACUUCCCUCUGGACGGAUUUCCUCCUCGAGGUUCUCCCGGUCCUUCGUCCGGGUUCCGCGACUCUCGACGGUCAGACCAUGAUAACCCUCGACCUUCGUCAUCCAGUGACUUGAGGAACAUCCAUACAUCUAAGCCCGCGAGCAAGGAUACUCAAGGAUUCCGGCACGACGACUCACCAUUCGGGCCACCAUCUAAACGCAAAAGAACCCGCAGUCCAUCCCCUAGGGGUCAACGCCCUCCAUUCCCCCAACGUCGUUCAUCAUUUGCCAAAAAUGGAGACAAACGCGACUGGAGCCCCCAUCCAGGAGCCGGGCGCGCUUCCCAGGACGUGGUGCCCCUAGAGGGCGUUCUCCCAAUCGGGGUCGAGAUCGCCGGGGUAAAGACCGUCGUCGACCUGAUGUCCCACGAUCCGGCCACUCGAGAUCACCUGUCCGGGAUAGGGAAUCUCGUCUCUCACCUGAUCGACGACCUCGAUCACCUACCGAUGACUACAGCGACAGAGAUUCUCGAUACCGGUCCGUAUCUCGGCACUCUGCACGAUCGGCAGCAUCGAAGGCUUCCGCCUAUUCAUCCUACUCCAGAGGAGACGAGGGAAUGCACUCAAAUCGACCUAUCAAGGCUGUUGUCGACGAUCGUGGUCGUUCUCCUUCGCCUCCUGGACGGGUUUCGAGUCUCAAUGGCAGCAGCAGAGCUGUCCCUGGCGAGCGCCGAGCCAGCUUGCGAGACGCUUUUCCAAUGCUUGAAAUGCGUGCACCUGAUAUCCAUGACAAGCAGCAGCGGCGCCGGCCCGCACGGCCGAAUCUAG